UAUGCUGUUGAGUAACAUCAUUAAGUACAUCUCCCAACUUAGGUCCACUUUGUGUUCCCUACUCCAUACCCUUUCCCUUCCUCUCUCACCCUUUUGAAUUCAGAGCAAAACUGUUGCUACAACAACAUGAAAAUGUAUAGUUGCAGUAGGUUAAUGACCCUUUGGUUUGUGAUAUCUGUUGCACUUUGUUUCAAUGCCAGAAACUCAGUUUCAGCUUCAAAGCAGUGUAAUUUCCCUGCAAUCUUCAACUUUGGUGACUCCAAUUCUGACACUGGAGGCCUCUCUGCUGCCUUCGGACAACCUGGUCCUCCCCAAGGAAUGUCCUACUUCCACCACCCUGCUGGCCGUUACUGUGAUGGCCGUCUCAUUGUUGAUUUCAUAGCUAAGAAGCUGGGUCUGCCUUACUUGAAUGCAUUUCUUGAUUCUGUUGGGUCAAAUUAUAGCCAUGGAGCGAACUUUGCAACUGCUGGAUCCACCAUUAGACCUCAGAACACAACCCUUCAUCAAAGUGGAGGCUUCAGCCCUUUCUCUCUGGACGUUCAAUUCAAUCAAUUCAGCGAUUUCCAACGCAGAACCCAAAUUUUUCGCAACAAAGGUGGAGUAUACAAAACAUUGUUACCAAAACCAGAAUACUUUUCUCAAGCAUUGUACACGUUUGAUAUUGGUCAAAAUGACUUGGCAUCUGGUUACUUCCACAACAUGUCCACGGAUCAAGUUAGAGCAUAUGUUCCAGAUGUUUUGGAUCAAUUCAAGAACGUAAUCAAGUAUGUAUAUAAUCAUGGAGGAAGGUCAUUUUGGGUUCACAAUACGGGUCCUGUUGGUUGUUUGCCAUACAUAAUGGAUCUUCACCCAGUGAAACGGUCAUUAGUGGACAAAGCAGGAUGUGCAACCCCUUACAAUGAAGUGGCCAAGUUCUUCAAUCGUGAACUGAAAAAGGUUGUGGUUCAACUCAGAAAAGAGCUUCCCCUGGCUGCCAUCACUUAUGUUGAUGUUUACGCUGUGAAGUACUCUCUCAUUAGUCAUCCGAAGAAGCAUGGUUUUGAGGAACCAUUGAGAGCAUGUUGUGGACAUGGUGGAAAGUACAACUACAAUUUGCACAUGGGGUGUGGUGCUAAGAUCAAGCAUGGUGGGAAAGAGAUUCUGGUGGCGAAGCCAUGCAAGGAUCCAUCUGUUUGGGUUAAUUGGGAUGGCGUUCAUUACACUCAGGCUGCAAACGAAAGGGUGCUUGAACAGAUUGUUGAUGGUGCAUUUUCUGAUCCACCCAUUCCUUUGAACAUGGCUUGUCAUAGGAAUCUUUGAAUGAAAGGGUGCUAAUAUCUUGUCCUUUUUUCUUUGUAUCUUUUGAAAAUUAUUCAAUAAAAAAUGGUAAAUUAUCUAAUUGAUUAUUAUGAUA